AUGAUUUGUAGUCAACGUUAUCUUGUUACACUUUACUGCUUGAUUCGACAAUGCUUUACAUUUGUUUUCAUCUAUGAAACAAACGAUCAGGCGAAAACACGUUCUUACGAAUGCAUUCCUUACGCGAAUCUAAAGAGGUUUUAUAUUGGAAUUCAGGAAUUGCAUUUAGCGGAUUCUUAUGCAGCGUAUUUGAAUAAUUUGAGUGAUCAUACAUCUAACUAUGGUAAAGAUAUGUUUUUAUGUAAUUGCACAAAACUUGGUACAUUCGGCAAAUUCUGUGAAUAUUAUUUUAUGAGUAAUUCAACUUUUCAAGAAACAAUUGAAUAUCAAUUUAGUGUAAAGAGACUACAAAAUUUUGGAAGUCAAUAUGUGGGAAAUCGAACAUGUUACAAAACUUUAGAAUGUGAUUUUGGUUUGCUAUGUCUCGAUUCGAGAAAUAUAUGUGAUGGCAAACAACAAUAUAUUGAUGGUUUAGAUGAAGAUCAUUGUGAAUUACUCGAAUAUAAUGAAUGCCAACCGAAUGAAUAUCGAUGUGUAAAUGGACAAUGUAUUGAAAUCGAAUGGAUCUGUGAUGGUGAAUGGGAUUGCGCUGAUGCCAGUGACGAAGAAGGUUUCCUCGCAAUAACUAACCUGUCGUCACGUAACUCGAAAAUUCUUAAUUUCAAAGAAAUAAAAUUAAAAUGUGAAGCAAAAUAUGAAAUCCUUCCAUUUUCAAAUCUUUGCACGAAGUUUCAAUAUCCAUGUUUAUUGGCCAAUGUCAAAGAUCCAUUUAAUUUCAAUGCAAAUCCUCCGUGUAUAAGCAUGACGCAGAUAGGCGAUGGUCAUUGCAUUCCGUAUGGUGAGCAAUGGACUCAUCGUUGCUUACACGGUGAAGACAAAACUUUAUAUUUUUAUCUAAAAAAUAAUUCCAAAAUCCGUUGCAACGGUAAUCCAGUCGAUCCUGCAUAUUCGUAUCCAGAUGUUCAUUGUCUCAAUGGUACAUGUAUACCAGAUGCCAGAUGGAAUGGAAAGUCUGAAUGUCCUUAUGGUGAAGACGAAUAUUAUUGUCGUAGUAUAAUACUUCUACUGAGAAGGUAUCUAGGUGGCAAACGUCCUCAUAUGAAUAUUGAAGCAUGGAUAUGCGAUCGAGGCGUAGCGAUUAAACAACAAAUUGAUGAAUUGUCAAAUUCAAUCAUUCAAUGUUUCUGUCCAUCCAGCUAUUUUGGCCGAUUCUGUCAAUAUUUCAGCGAUCGGAUAACGGUUAUAACACGUCUAGAAGGUUUAAAAUAUGUUUGUAGAAAUUCAGAAGAAUUGUCGAAGGUAACAAUUAAGAUCUUAGCAGUAUUAAUUCACAAUGACAGUGAAAUUGUUGAUCAUAAUGAAAUCCAUUUUACACCAUCAUUAAAUGAUCUGAAUGAAAAACGGAAAUUUUAUUUGAUUUAUUGA